GUCAGCGGUUACUGUGCGCGCAUCCAGCUCGGCCAGUCAAGAUGGCGGAUAGACCAGUUCCCGUUGUGGAGAAGCGCCUGAUGGAUGUGAAGCUUGGCGAGCUGGGAUCGUGGCUUGGAGGACGAGACUUCACCCCCAACGGCAUCAUCUCAUCCAUACGCCGAGGCCACGACAGAUACUACAACAAGUACAUCAACGUUAAGAAAGGAGGCAUCGGUGGUGUUGCUAUGCUUUUGGUGGGUUACGUGGCCAUCAGCUACAUGUGGGAAUACGACCAUCUCAAACACGAUCGGUGGAGGAAGUACCACUGAGAAGUUAAAGCUCUUGUCUGCUCCUUCUGUUCUAAGCGCUGUAUUCAUUAUGUGGUGACGAAUAAACAAUAUUGGAGUUUCCCUUGAACAGAAAACGCAUGCGUUGUACAAGACUAUUUAUUUGUACGUAGAACAAUC